GAUCGAUGCAGCCUCAGCCGCAGGGGACGGGAACACAGGAAAGGAGGGGGCCGCGGGGCCUCCGCAGUAGUGAGGCGCAGCGGGGCCUCCGGGGCAGAAAACAGCCCAGCUGGGGCGGCACCUUUGGGGACUGGCACGCUGGACUCCCUGGAGGACUGGACAGGUAGUAAGCCUUAAUUAGCCCCGUCUACAGAGGAGGAUACUGAGGUUCAGAAGAGCUACCGUAGACAUCUGGAUCCCUAAACCCAAGCUCGUCCAGGAAAAGGUGAUGUCCUACACUAGCCCCUAGUUGAUGCCCGGCCAUCCCGUUGCUUCUAACGCCCAUUAAGGGUAGAACACCUGAGCCAUGGUGAGCGAGUUCCCGCGGCCGGGCUGCCGGGUCCCCUGGCGACCAAGAGAUGAGGCGCUGCGCGUGAACGUGGGCGGAGUGCGGCGGCUGCUGAGUGCGCGUGCCCUAGCACGCUUCCCGGGCACACGGCUGGGCCGUCUACAGGCGGCAGCGUCCGAGGAGCAGGCACGGCGCUUGUGCGAUGAUUAUGAUGCAGCCGCACGCGAGUUCUACUUCGAUCGGCACCCGGGCUUCUUCCUCGGCCUGCUGCACUUCUACCGCACCGGCCACCUGCACGUGCUGGACGAGCUGUGCGUCUUCGCCUUCGGCCAGGAGGCCGACUACUGGGGCCUGGGCGAGAACGCGUUGGCCACGUGCUGCCGCGCGCGCUAUCUGGAGCGGCGAGUGACACGGCCUCGCGCCUGGGACGAGGACAGCGACACGCCGAGCAGCGUGGACCCAUGUCCCGACGAGAUCUCCGACGUGCAGCGGGAGCUGGCGCGAUACGGUGCAGCCCGCUGCGGCCGCCUGCGCCGCCGCCUCUGGCUCACCAUGGAGAACCCGGGCUACUCGCUGCCCAGCAAGCUCUUUAGCUGCGUGUCCAUAGGCGUGGUGCUCGCCUCCAUCGCUGCCAUGUGCAUCCACAGCUUGCCGGAGUACCAAGCCCGGGAGGCAGCGGCAGCGGUGGCUGCAGUGGCCGCGGGUCGCAGCGUGGAUGACGUGCGCGAUGACCCAGUGUUGCGUCGCCUGGAGUACUUCUGCAUUGCCUGGUUCAGCUUCGAAGUGUCAUCGCGCCUGCUGCUGGCUCCUAGCACGCGCAACUUCUUCUGUCACCCGCUCAAUCUCAUCGACAUUGUGUCGGUGCUACCCUUCUAUCUCACACUGCUGGCUGGCGCGGCGCUUGGUGACCGGCGUGGUGCCAGCGGAGAGGAACUCGGAGACCUGGGCAAGGUGGUGCAAGUGUUCCGCCUCAUGCGCAUCUUCCGUGUGCUCAAGCUGGCACGCCACUCCACUGGGCUGCGCUCGCUGGGCGCCACGCUCAAGCACAGCUAUCGUGAAGUGGGCAUCUUACUGCUGUACCUGGCCGUGGGUGUGUCAGUGUUCUCUGGUGUGGCCUACACAGCCGAAGAAGAAAAUGAGGGCUUUGAUACAAUCCCUGCCUGCUGGUGGUGGGGCACUGUGAGCAUGACCACUGUGGGCUAUGGGGAUGUGGUGCCGGAGACUGUGGCUGGCAAGCUGGCGGCCUCAGGCUGCAUCCUAGGGGGCAUCUUGGUGGUGGCACUGCCCAUCACCAUCAUCUUCAACAAGUUUUCCCACUUCUACCGGCGCCAGAAGGCACUAGAGGCAGCAGUGCGGAGCAGUGGGCAGCGGGCGUUUGAGGACUUGCUGAGCAGCGUGGACGGGGUCUCAGAGGUAUCUCUGGAAACAUCCCAAGAGACUUCUCAGGAGGGGCGGUCUACAGACCUGGAGACCCAGGUCCCCAGUGAGCCUGCAAAACCUCGAAAUUAUUAAAACCAGGGCUCCGCACUCCCUCCCCAUAGCCUCAGGGUCAGUUAACAGAGCAGAGUCCUCCCCAGCUGAAGAUCUGCAUGGGAGUCAUCCAUCCGCCCGAGGAAUGAGACCUAGAAAAGCCCAGGGCAAGAGAACACUGCUCCGUGUUCCACAAGCGCACACAACACCUCCUUUGAAGUAGGUAGGCACUAAGAGGAGGAAGAGGACAACCUCCAUACAAGCCCCUUUAGCGCUGUGCUGGCAGAUAAUUAUCCCCGUUUCACAGAUGAGGGAACUGAAGCUCACCCAAAUGUCACAGAGCCACUGCGAAGAAGUCAGCUUUUAACACUAAGUUCCGGAAAGGAGCCGGGGGCUGCAUCCUCAGGCAGUCCAUAGGAUCAGUGGCACAACCUUCUCCAGUACUACUUCCCAGGGCUGAUUUACAGAGAAAACCUGAACAGACUCUUCCGGGACCUAGACCCAGCCCUACACCUGCUGUGGGAAAGGUGGCCAACCCCUGCCCCCAGAACUAGAUCCUAGCCCAUUGGUCACAACUUGUGACCCAGAGAGAAGAUUACAGAGAAGGCACUGACUUACAACCAGCUCAACGUUGAAAUGUUGGUGGCAGAGGGCUGCUGUACAUGCUCCUGUCCUGCUUGGCUUUUGUCAACUUGACACAAGAUAAAGUCAUCUAGGAAGAGGAACCUCAGCUGAGAAAACACCUCCCUCAGAUCACCUGCAGGCAAGCCUGUGGGACUGAUAUGGGAGGGCCCAGCCUACUGUGGGCGGUACCAUCCCUAGGCAGGUGGUCCCGGGGCAUAUAAGAAGCAAACUGAACAAGCCAUGGGAGCAAGUCAGUCAGCUGGGCUCCUCCACGAUCUCUGCUUCAGCUCCUGCCUCCAGGUUCCUGCCUCCAGGUUCCUCAGUGGACCAAGACCUGGGAUGUGUAAGCCAAAUAAGCCUUUUCCUCUCCAAUUUGCUUUUGGUCACGAUCUUUAUCGCAGCAAUAAAACCUGACUACCACA